UUUCUUGGAAACAUCUUUCUCUGUAAUUGUUCUUCUUUUGAGAGAAACUAAAAGUUAAAUUUUUAUUUACAAUUCCUUAUUCCACUUAUCUACAAAUCAGGCACCUCCCUCGAGAUCAAUACUUUUUGUUGGUACCUAGAGAUUUUAUUUUCCUAGAUAGAGGUCCAAGAAAAAUCACACAAAAAGGUCUCAAGAAACCACAAACAAAGUCUUGAUUACGACCCUCUUCCCUGUUUUGGAUUCUGUAUUUUCUGAACCCUCUCUCAAAUUUUGCCUUCAACAAAACCUGAGAGUCUGGAUUGUUUUCGACUAUCUUAGGUGGAUGCCUAAUUACAGUGCAUCAACUAUGAUGAAAGCCUAAGCUGUAAAUUGACCCUUUUGCCCUUGGAUAUUGCCGGAAAUGUCGAGAAGACCGGAUAUCCAACGUGGCACGCUCGCCACCGUGGUCGGCAUAAUACUCCUCUCAUUUUUCCCGCCAAAUGUAGAAUCGACCGUUGAGAAACAAGCUCUGUUCCGCUUCAAAAACCGCCUCGACGACCCUCACAACGUACUCGAAUCAUGGAAACCAUCCGAUUCGCCGUGCGUGUAUCGCGGCGUCACAUGCGAUCUGAUCUCGGAAGAAGUCACCGGUAUAUCUCUAGGGAACGCAAAUCUCUCGGGCACUAUUUCUCCAUCAAUCUCAGCUCUCACGAAGCUCUCUACGUUGUCACUUCCAUUUAAUUCCAUCUCCGGGGUGAUCCCGCCGGAGAUCACCAACUGCACGAACCUUAAAGUCCUCAAUCUCACCUCAAACCGACUCUCCGGAACAAUCCCAAACCUUUCUCCACUGAAAACCUUAGAGAUUCUCGACAUCUCCGGGAACUUUCUUACCGGAGAGUUUCAAAGCUGGAUUGGGAAUAUGACUCAGUUGGUUUCUCUCGGUCUUGGCAACAACUACUACGAUGAUGGUUUGAUUCCUGAGAGUCUUGGAGGUUUAAAGAAACUGACUUGGCUCUUCUUAGCUCGCUCCAACUUGACCGGACAGAUACCAAACUCAAUCUUUAAUUUAAAUGGUCUAGACACUUUCGACAUCGCCAACAACGCAGUUUCCGGUGAUUUCCCACUGCAGAUCACAAGAUUGGUAAAUCUCACCAAGAUUGAGCUGUUCAACAACAGCUUAACCGGUAAAAUCCCCCCGGAGAUAAAGAACUUGACUCGUUUACGCGAAUUCGAUGUUUCUUCGAACCAGUUCAGUGGUUCUUUACCUCGAGAGCUCGGAAAUUUGAAGGAGCUCAAAGUUUUCCACUGCCAUGAAAACAACUUCACCGGCGAAUUCCCUUCUGGUUUUGGCGAACUUCGUCACCUCACUUCUAUUUCGAUUUAUAGAAACAACUUCUCCGGUGAAUUUCCGGUUAACAUCGGCAAAUUCUCGCCGUUGGACACGGUUGACAUAUCUGAGAACGUGUUUACAGGUCCGUUUCCAAGAUUCUUAUGCCAAAACAAGAAACUACAAUUCUUGCUCGCCUUGCAGAACGAUUUCUCCGGCGAGAUUCCUAGAUCUUACUCAGAGUGCAAAUCUCUUUUGAGACUAAGGAUUAACAAGAACCGCCUUAGUGGUCCUGUUUUUGAAGGCUUUUGGGCUCUACCACUUGCUAAGAUGGUUGAUCUCAGCGAUAACGAACUCACCGGAGAGAUUUCUCCGGUGAUUGGACAUUCAACGGAACUGAGCCAGCUCAUUUUGCAGAACAACAGAUUUGUCGGAAAGAUUCCUCCUGAACUAGGUAAACUGACCAAAAUAGAGAGGAUUUAUCUGAGCAACAACAACUUUUCCGGGGACAUUCCGACACAAGUGGGAGGUUUGAAAGAGUUGUCAUCUCUGCAUCUUGAAAACAAUUCAUUAACAGGAUCUAUCCCUCUUGGAUUGACAAGUUGUGUCAAACUUGUUGAUCUGAAUCUUGCUAAGAACUUCUUGACAGGAGAAAUACCAAAUAGUUUAUCUCAGAUUGCUUCUUUAAACUCGUUGGACUUCUCAGAGAACAGGCUGACGGGUGAGAUUCCGGCGAGUCUUGUGAAGUUGAAGCUCAGUUUCAUAGAUUUUUCUAAAAAUCAUCUCUCAGGUAGAAUACCACCUGAUCUUUUAGUGGUGGGAGGAUCCACCGCGUUUGCAAGUAACGAGAAGCUUUGUGUUGAUAGCCAAAACGCCAGAACAAGUCAGAAUUUGGGGCUGAGCGUUUGCAGUGGCUACCAACAUGUGCGGAGGAAUGGUUCACUCGACGGCACACUCUUGUUCUUGGCUCUUGCAAUUGUUGUGGUGGUGCUUGUGACUGGUUUGUUUGCGUUGCGUUAUAGAGUUGUGAAGAUACGCGAGCUUGAUUCAGAAAACGGUGAUAUUAAUAAGGGCGAUGCGAAAUGGAAAAUCGCUUCUUUCCAUCAAAUGGAGCUGGAUGCUGAGGAGAUAUGUAGGUUGGAUGAAGAUAAUGUGAUCGGAGCUGGAAGCGCGGGAAAAGUGUACCGUGUUGAUUUGAAAAAGGGUGGCGGGACAGUGGCGGUUAAGUGGUUGAAGAAAAGAGGAGAAGAAGCAGUUGAUGGAACAGAGGUCUCUGUUGCGGAAAUGGAGAUUCUUGGGAAGAUUAGACACAGAAACGUCCUGAAGCUCUACGCUUGUCUAGUCGGAAGAGGCUCUAGCUAUUUGGUGUUUGAGUUCAUGGAGAAUGGGAACUUGUACAAUGCACUUCGCCAGACUAUCAAAGGUGGAUUACCAGAAUUGGAUUGGUACAAGAGAUAUAAGAUUGCGGUGGGGGCGGCUAAAGGAAUCACCUAUUUGCAUCAUGAUUGUUCUCCUCCAAUCAUUCACAGAGAUAUAAAGUCAAGCAACAUUUUGCUUGAUGGAGAUUACGAGUCGAAGAUCGCAGACUUUGGAGUUGCCAAAGUUGCAGACAAAGGAUAUGAAUGGAGUUGUGUUGCUGGAACUCAUGGCUAUAUGGCUCCUGAGCUGGCUUACUCCUUCAAGGCGACGGAGAAGAGUGACGUGUACAGCUUUGGCGUGGUUCUUCUAGAGCUAGUUACCGGUCUUCGGCCGAUGGAAGAUAAGUUUGGAGAGGGCAAAGACAUUGUUGACUAUGUCUACUCUCAGAUUCAACAAGAUAGGAGGAACCUCCAAAACGUCUUGGACAAGCAAGUUUUGUCGUCUUACGUAGAAGAAAGCAUGAUUAGAGUUCUGAAGAUGGGUCUUCUCUGCACUACAAAGCUCCCAAAUCUCAGACCGAGCAUGAGAGAAGUCGUGAGAAAGCUUGACGACGCUGAUCCUUGCGUUUCCAAUUCUCUGGACAGAACCGGGAAGAUUACGGUAUAGGUUAGUUAAUUUAGUUAUCAUAGACGGGUUAAGUUUGUUACCCGUUUUGGUUCAGACUUCAGAGUCGACACAAGAGUAUUGGUUUGUUCAAAACUCGAGUGGAAAACACAAGUCACUAGUUUUUCAUAUCUAUAUAUUUGCAGUGAAAAGGCAAAGAGUUAUCAUAAA